AUGGCUCGCCGUGGUGUCCUCGCGGUUGCCCUCCUGGCUGUGGCCGCCACCGUCGCCCUUCGGAGCGCCACGGCCUUCCUCCCCGUGAACAAGCCACUCUUGCGCGGAGGAGCGGCUGGGGCUCUCGCCACCUCGGCUGCCGCUGUGGGAGCACUGCCGGCCUUGGCUGAGGAGGAAGGUGGACUUCUGAACUUCGGGAAGGUGGAGCUUGGGGGCGGCUUUGCCCUCAAUUUGAACAUCCCAGACAUCAACUUGGUGAAUAUCUCCAUCCUGGUCGCUGGCCUCUUUUACUUCCUGGGUCCUCUCCUUAGCGAGUCAAUGGCUUCAAGGGAGAAGGAGAUCCAGAGCGACAUCGAUGAUGCCAUUGCCAAGUACAACGAGGCCUCCACCCGGCUGGCAGAGGCCCAGAAGGCCAAGGAGCAGGCAGACGCGGUGGUCAAGGAGAUCAAUGACAGCAUCGCCAAGGAUGUGAAGGAGUUUCAGGCAACUCUCGAUGCUCAGGCUCAGAAGUCCAUUGAGGCCCAGGACAAGGCUAUGGACUCCAGCCUGAAGGACAUGGAGGCACGCUCCGCCUCGAACCUGGAGAAGUAUAUAGACUCUGCGGCCGUCAGGCGAGGACUCGUUGAGCUGCAGAAGCUCUCUCCAUCGCAGAAAACCCAGUUCAUGGAUGCAGCCAUCAACUCCCUGUGA